GGGGGGCGGCGCAGGCGGGCUUGCCAUGUCUUCAACAUCAAUGCAAACCACGUUUUUGGCCAAUGCGACCAGGCUGAGCCUCGUGGAGCGUGUGACAAGCGCCACCUUGACCACCUCCUUCUGCUUGAUGUUCCUUUCGGUCAACGCGGUCAUGCUCUUCGCCCUGAGAAGCAAAUCCGUCUUUCGGGAGACGUCGCGCUACAUCCUGCUGUACAACCUGCUGCUGGCCGAUACGCUGCAGCUGACCUUCAGCCAACUGAUGUACUUGCUGUCAACCGCCCGCGUCACCCUCUCGUAUCCCUUGUGCGGCGUGCUCAGCACGCUCACCAGCCUCCUCAGUCGGAUGUCUCCCUUGUUGCUGGUGGUCAUGUCGCUGGAGAGAUACGUGGCUGUGUGCCACCCUCUCAGGCACGCCUCCAUCAUCACCGUCAGGAACACCAUGUGGGCCGUGCUUGCCGUGUGGGCUUUUUGUUUCUUCAAUAUCCUCAUCCAGGGGCUUUUAUUGAUCAUGUUUCCAUUCGAGCAGCUGCAGAGUCUGCAAAUGAGGCAGCCGUGCAACUCCAAUGCCAUGUUCCUCGUGCCGCUUUCUGAAUUGUACGCUAACAUUUACACGUAUUUCUUGUUCACCUUGGCAAGCCUGACCAUCGUUUUCAGCUUCGUCGGUGUGGUGUUGUCAGCCAGGUCGGCGGCCACGGACAAGCACUCGGCCCAUAAAGCGCGGAACACGCUGCUGCUGCACCUGGUGCAGCUCGGCCUCAGCCUCUUGUCGGUCUUUUACUCCACCAUUAUGUUUUUCAUAUAUGCUUUGUUGAACAACGUCAACUUCUCACAAAUUCAGGCCAUUUUGUUUGUGUGCUUUUUUCUCCUGCCCAGAUAUCUGACUUCUCUCAUCUACGGGCUGAGAGAUCAGAGCCUGCGGGUCGUGCUCGUGUACUUUUUUCUGCCGUCACCUCGGAGGGUCAGUCGCUCCUGAUAAAGCUGCGACUGUUUCCUGAGAGGAUCUCUCUUUUGUUCCUAUCCAUUCACAAUGUGCACGGUGUCACUUUUAACUCUGCAUUCAUUUGUUCGUGUUCGUACAGGAAGAAUAUGCAUCUACAAAUCUGUCGUGAUGUGUGCAACAGAAAACGACAGUUUUGUCCGUGCGUCACACUGAGUCGGGGUGGAGGAAAUGUGGAAGGGCCCCCGCAUCAGCCACUGCACACACUGUCUCGCCGACUGCUUUUCUGGGUUCGGAAGCACGGCGCGCAGUGUGCCCGCCGGGAGGUGGUCAAUGUUUUAUCGGCUGUCGUGAUACUUUGUGUGUGAGCUGGCUUUAUUGCGCAUUAAAAUGACCUGUUUCCAAA